GUCACAUUUUACAUAUUCAAUUCUCAUUGAUCAAAGUUUCAUACCGCCGAUGCGAGCCGGAAAGAGAAGACGAAUCUAGAAUAGCUUGGAGAAGCUGAUUUAGCAGCUUCAGUAUGGCCUUCCUCUUUCAAAAAUUUCAAGAGGCAGUAAAAAUCCUUGCGAAGUCUCCCACAUUUUCUAAAGAUCCAAGGCACCUUCAAUUUGAAGCAGAUAUAAAUAGGCUUUUUCUUUAUACCAGUUACAAUCGUCUGGGAAGAGAUGCAGAAGAAGCAGACGCAGAGGAGAUCAUUGAUAUGGCUAGCAAAGCAUCUCUUAGUGAUCAACAUAAGCAAGUUGAAGAAAAUAUUCAUUCUCAAGUUAAAGUAUUGUGUAAGUGUAUGGAUGACAUUCUUCUUCCUUAUCAUAACUACAAGAAUGAGCUUGUUGAUUCGCGGGCAAAUCAUAGAGGUCUUAAUCAUGCAGUUAGUGGAGAUAGCAUGCCAUCUCAUAGUUCUAAUGAGGAGGCGGGUCUGAAACGUGUUGAGAUGUCAAAGAGAUUAAAGGAAAUGGUUGGGUACAGUGUAGCGAUAAAGCCAUCUGGGAUUCCACACAAAGAAGCUGGCCUAGGAUUGUUUCUAGAUGGUGAAGCUGAGGUGGGAGAUGUAAUUGCGUUUUACCCUGGUAUAGUUUACUCUCCAGUUUAUUACGGUUAUAUUCCUACUGCAAACAACUCUUACCUGAUUACUCGAUAUGAUAAAAGUGUGAUUAAUGGCCAGCCCUGGGGCUUUGGGGGUGAAACUCGAGAGGCAUGGAAAAUGGUGAGGCCUCCACCUUUAGAAGAAGAAGAAAAUGAUAUUGUGGAGUUCAGAAAUCCCCUUGCAUUUGGUCACUUUGCGAACCACCCUGCUAAAGAUAUGAGGCCUAACGUACUGGCUUUCCCUUAUGAUUUUCCAUUAAGUGAGAAAAGUAUGAGGCCCUAUAUACCAAAUAUAACAUUCCGAGGGGAGGAGAAUGUGAACAAGAAUGGUGGGACUUUGAGCUGGUUUAAUUCAUGGUCUGCUAGCAAUUAUGUUAUGGGUGUUUCUAAUUGUGAUUCUCCUCCUCCUCCUCCCACUGUUCUUAAGAGUGCUGUUCUUGUAGCCACCAGGGCUAUUGUUUCUGGAGAGGAGGUGCUCCUCAACUACAGACUCAGCAAUUCAGAACCAAGGCCUUCCUGGUAUUCCCCAGUAGUACACGAGGAAGAAGAUGAUGAAUAAAAUUGAAGAACAGCUGUUGCAUCGGACAAAAUAAAUAACUUAUUCGAAGUUUUUCAUAUGGAUGGAUCAGUAUACAAAAAUAAUUGUUUCAUAAGGAGACUUAUAUCAAUGCACUUUGACAUUCAUCAUCACAUAUAACCGUACUUAUUAGAAGUUAAACUCGUGACAAAUGUUAAAAAUGUGAGAUAAAGUAUAGAAGAUAUUGUAUUU